GUAUUUUUUUAAGGGCUGGUAUCUUUCUAGCCAAAACGCUGUGUUUCAAUAUCGGCGACGCUUCAGCGGCUCAGCCUGCCCCCGUUCUACGGCAAGAAGAAGCACAUUAAUACACACAUAGGCAGAUAGUUAACCUCCUCUAAACCCUGUCGACGGAAAUGCGUCAUCCCACACAAUGAACCCAACACCAAGGAAACUCGCACUCUCACUCUCACGUGCGCUCUCACGUGCCCUAACUACUGCCACCGCCGCAGCCUCGCAAUCUGGAUCGGCUUUCCCACUCAAGACGGUUACCACCAAAAACUUCGAAGCGUCUCUUUCGGAGCUCCGGGACCAUGUCCGAACCUCCGAUUUUGUUGCCAUCGACCUUGAGAUGACCGGCGUAACCAGUGCACCCUGGCGGGAGUCCUUCGAGUUCGACCGCUCCGACGUCCGGUACCUGAAGGUCAGGGACUCCGCCCACAAGUUCGCCGUCGUUCAGUUCGGCGUCUGCCCCUUCCGUUGGGACUCUUCCAACCACUACUUCGUCGCUUAUCCGUACAAUUUCUAUGUUUUUCCACGUCAGGAGCUUGAGGAUCUGGCUCCAUGUUAUGAAUUUCUCUGCCAGACUACUUCAAUGGAUUUCUUGGCUAAAUACCAGUUUGAUUUCAAUGCAUGCAUACGUGAAGGAAUAUCUUAUUUAUCUAGAGCGCAAGAAAGCGAAGCAGUAAGGAGAUUGAAUUCUAGAUACGAAAGUGAGCAUUCAAACAUUUGUAAAUUAAAAGACGUUAAAGACAUACAAUUGAUCAGCAUGGCAGACAUAUUGUUCUCUGAACGAAUGAAAAACAAAUUCAGUAAAUGGCGUGAUGGGUUAUUACAGGAGCAAAGUCGAGAAGAACAAAUUAUAGGAACUUCAAAAGACUCAAAACAGCUAUUUGAAGUGAUUUUCUUUAAGAUGCAUCCUGCUAUUAGACUUAGUGGAUUUACAUCUCGGCAGCUAAAAUUGAUUCAGUUGGUCAUCAGAAAACACUUUCAAGAUUUGUCAUAUGUAUGUGUGAAUAGCGAAGAUUCUGGUUCACAACAUAUGGUUGUAUAUACAGACUCAAAGGAUGAACUAAACUUACUUCUGAAGGAGGUAAAAGAUGGAAAUCGCAAGGCAGAAGAGAAGAAGAUUCAAAAUGCUGUGGGAUUUCGCCAUGUUAUUGAUCUCCUUUCUGCAGAAAAGAAGUUGAUUGUUGGUCAUAAUUGUUUUCUGGAUAUUGCUCAUGUCUACAACAAAUUUAUAGGUCCCCUUCCAGGGACUCCUGAAGAGUUUGUCACCUCUAUUAACAAGUAUUUUCCGCACAUUGUUGACACUAAAAUACUCUUCAACAAUAAUCAUGUGCUCCAAGAAAAGAUGAAAAGGUCAAGAAAAUCACUGGCCUCUGCAUUUUCCUUGUUUUGUCCACAAAUUGCAGUAGGUUCCAACAGCAGUGAUCUUGAUUCACCCUUACAUGUGAAAGUGAAUGUUGAAGUUAAUGAUUUGAGAUCAUCGAGCUGGAACCCUGGAGCCAAGCAUGAGGCCGGAUAUGAUGCUUUUAUGACUGGUUGCAUCUUUGCUCAAAUAUGCAGUGAUUUAGGAGUUGAUUAUAAACACCAUGAAUCUUCUCCACAACAACUAGCCCUCAAUGAGAAACUACAAAAGUAUGUUAACCAUCUAUAUCUUAGUUGGAUACAUGGGGACAUUAUUGAUCUGAAUACCGGUGAUAAGGUUGCAGAAUCUACACCAAGCAAUAACCUCAAGAGGCAAUAUCCAAAGAUUUUGUUUGAAAAUAUUGUUAUUAUUUGGGGUUUUCCUUCUCAGCUGAAGGCAAAUGAUCUAAGAGUGUGCAUAUCUAAAGUUUUUGGUCCAGCUUCUGUGGUUUCUGUCUACCACUUGGAUGCGACUGCAGUAUUUGUGCAGUUUAGUAAGACAGAACUAGUUUACGACUUCCUUUUGUUGAAGGACACCUUAGAAAGAAGUGAUGGCGCAAUCUUGGUUUUGCACCCUCUUGCAAAGAUUUUGGAAGGGGGCAAUACAUGUGCCGCUGAUUAUGAUACUUACAAAGAAAUCUGUGGUUCACCCAUUUCCGAAGCUUUGUUUGCCGUGCAGGCAAAGGCGGUUGGCAUAAAGUGGAAGACCAAAUUGGUAGAAAGCCAUGUCACAGUGCAAACUGAAGACCACGAAAGUCCAGGCGCAGAAGGUUCUGUAAAUUCGGUUAUGAAAUUUGUAAAGUCCAAACCAAACAUAAUUGAGCAGUUAAGAAAUGCUCCAUCUCAUAGGAAAGUCUCAUCUUUUGAGACCGAAGAUUCUUGCUGUGCAGUAGAAAUGAAUGCUUGACCCCCGACUCUUGAUUUUAUACCCUAUUAGCCUAGACAUGCCAUAUUGUAUCAAGUUUGUAACUAAUACACGUAGUUUAUAUUUAUCAACUUGUAUCGUCAUCUUUUCAAUGUGUAGACAAAUCAAAAUUGAUUUUGAUUUCUUCACAUCCCAGACAAACAAAUGUUAUGUUUGCAGUGGGAGACUCUCUUUUAAAUUCAAAUAAUAAAUUGUUGUUAUGUGAA